CCGUCCUACUCUUUAGAAGCUCUUGUUUAACACAACACAGCCCCUCGAUUUCCCCCUUUCCCAAAUCCAAUUAGGUCUCACAGAGACUGAUCUCAAAAUCCCACUCUCCCAAUUCAUCAAAACCCAAUCUCAAUCCAAUCAAUCAUGAUUUCAGAAUUCGUUUACAGAGAAUUAACCACAACUCGAAAACUCAACAGCUCCGGAGACAAAUUCCCAAUCUGGAAAACCAAAAUCGACUUCAUCCUCUCCGACAUCGAAGUCGCAUACGUUCUCCAACAACCAAAACCAGAUUCACCACCAGAUUCCGAAGAACUCAAGAAAUGGAUAAUGGACGAUUUCACUUGCCGGCACGCAAUUCUGGGCACACUGGAAGAUGAUCUCAUAGUCGUAUUCGAUCACGGAUACGAUACAGCGAAGGAGAUCAUGGAUGCAUUGGUUCGAUUAUACGGUGGGAAAUCGAUCGGCAGGAGUAUGUAUUUGUUUGAACAGAUUAAGAAUGUUAAGAUCGGUGAGAAUGAUAACGUGAUGGAUCAUGUGAUGAAGAUGUGUGGUGUGGCGAUUGAAUUGGAAAGGUUUGGUAUGAAUUUACCUCAAGAGAUGAGGGUUGUGUUUAUGAUGGACAGUUUGCCGGAAUCGUGGAGAGAAGCGAAAGAUGUGUUUAUGAAGACUGUGGAAGAUGAUGAGAGUGAGAGUAAAUUGACUGUGGAUUCUUUUUUGCAGUUUGUGAAGAAUCAUGUGGAGUUGAAGAAGUAUUUUGAGAGUCGAAAGAAUAACGGUGGCGGCGGCGGUGGUGGUGAAGUGAUUGAAGGAGGAGGAGAAUCAUCCACUAAUAAUAAGAAGCCAAGAAACCGAAGGAGAGGAAAUAACAAUGCAGAGACUUGAACUGCUGAACUUUAAGCAAAGGAAGGUUGGGCUGAAAAAGGUUUGGUUUGGAGCACUGGAGAAAAAUGUUUGGGACUACUAAAGGUGUUAGAAUUAUGGAGUAGAGUUUGGUUCUAGUUUGAGAUUAGUGUAGUAUUAGUUAAUGUGUUCUGUUUCUGCUAUUCUGAUUAUCUUUAAGACUCUGAAUUAAGAUCAUCAAUGUAUUUAAAUGUCUAUUGUACUAUAAUUGAAGGUUGGAAUUGGCUGAAUAACUCAAUAUUUUUCUUAUGGCCAUACAUCUCUUGCAACCCUUUCUGCUCCUUUGGCUUUUACAGUGCUGGGAGCCUAGGCUAGGAGGUGGAUGGUGGCUUCCCUCUUUGGUCACGAGUCUAACCAAUUAUUCUUAUUCUUUAAACUUAUUGCGGCAACACUUGGCCUGAUUGUCAGGUGACACAUGCUGCAAUAUCUUUUCUAGAUUGUGAAACUUGUCAAAUGUGGGGAGAGUUGCUGCAACAGGUGGAGGCUUAUAACUCUGUCAUGCACCUUACCUCAUAAAACAAAGCUUUUCACUUUGGAGUCGAGACCCAGAUGAUAUCUGUUUCUCAUUCUCUCUUUGCAAACUUAAGGUAAUUGUAGGAGGAGGAUAACUGAAAUUUCUUCAAAUUGAUGGAUGCCCCUCACCAUCAAAAUGUGCAUACUGUAAGAUCCCAUGGAGCUAGAGUUGCUAGAUCACAUUUGUAUGAUUGGAUUAUAUUGUUUCUACUUAUGGUGUUAUACCUUAUCAUUUACCUGAUUCAUCCAUUUCGUCGGUAUGUUGGAAGGGAUAUGAUGACUGAUCUCAGAUUUCCCUUGAAAGAAGUCACAGUCAGAUUCUGGGUUGUUCCACUAUAUGCAGUUGUGCUACCUCUCAUUAUUUUUCUUGGGUUUUAUUACAGGAGGAAAGAUGUUUAUGAUCUGCACCAUGGUAUACUUGGUCUUUUAUUCACUGUAUUCGCAACCGGAGUCUUAACAGAGGCAACAAAGAAUGCAACCGGAAGACCCCGGCCGGAUUUCUUUUGGCGCUGUUUUCCGGAUGGUCAAGAUUUUUAUGAUCUAACUGGGGAUGUUAUUUGCCAUGGAAAGGAGAGUAUGAUUAGAGAUGGAUAUAAAAGUUUUCCAAGUGGUCAUGCUUCAUGGUCAUUUGCUGGCUUAACUUUUCUUUCAUUGUACUUGGCAGGCAAAAUCACUGCAUUUGACCAAAGAGGUCAUGUUGGGAAACUAUGUGUUGUUUUUCCUUUGCUGGUUGCAUCUGGUGUUGCCAUAACCCUUGUAGACGACUAUUUUCAUCACUGGGUUGAUGUGUUUGGUGGAGCUAUUCUAGGUCUGAUAGUGGCAACAAUUUGUUACCUGCAGUUUUUCCCACCUCCAUACCAUACUCAAAGUUGGGGACCUUAUGCAUAUUUCCGGAUGUUGGAAGAGUUGCGGCGUAGUACUAAUGGUGCACGACAAGAGCCACGAGGGGAACAGAUUAACACAACAGCACAUGAUGAGUCUCAGAUGUUAGACGAAUUGGAAGCGGGUAAGAGAUGAUCAAUUUUGUGAUUUCAAUCAAGAACACAUGAAUGCAUUGUUGUUAUUACUUUACAAAGUUGUUUUUUUUGAAUCAAAUGAACUCAUGUAUUGUUGUUAUCUAUAGACUUUUAUCAAA